ACCACCAGGCUCUCUCCGCUCAUGGUUUGCUUACUUUCCUCCUGAACUUUCCUCUCAGAGCUCAUGUUGUCUCAGCUUUUUGAGAACUUGCUCCUGCAGGAUGGACUGACACACCACCCCUGUUAAGAGUGCGGAUACUUCAAAGAGAAGGCGCGUGUUGUGUUUUCCUGUUCAAAGAGCGCGCGACCUGCUUUUCCCCAUCAUGGAAGAGGACGACGGGCAUCAGGAGAACGGGAUCCACGUCUCCAAGGACUCGGACCGACAGCAGCGGCUCAGGCUCUGCGUUCUCAACGAAAUCCUGAACACAGAGAGGGACUAUGUCCGGACGCUCCUCUUCCUUCAGUCGGCUUUUUUGCACAGGAUUAGACAAAUUCCAGAUGACCAACAGUGUCUUUCCCCUGAACAUGUUAAGAUCCUGUUUUCAAACAUCGAGGACAUCCUGGAGUUGCACAAAGAGGUGUUGUCCGCAGUGGAGGCCAGCUUGCACCCCGAACCCCAUCCUAACCACUCGCUGGGUCACGUGUUUCUGCAGUUUAGGCAGAGUUUCUCAGUGUAUGGCGAGUACUGCAGUAACCACGAGAAGGCUUUGCGGCUUCUAAUGGAGCUAAACAAGAUUCCCAACAUAAGGACAUUUCUACUGCACUGCAUGCUGCUUGGAGGAAAGAAGAGCACAGACAUUCCCCUGGAGGGUUACCUUCUCACUCCAAUUCAGAGGAUCUGCAAGUACCCUCUGCUGCUGAAGGAACUACUUAAAAGGACUCCUAAGAAGCAUUCAGAUUACCCUGCUGUGGAGGAGGCUCUGCAGGGUAUGAAGGCUGUUUGCUCCAACAUCAAUGAGACCAAGAGGCAGAUGGAGAAACUGGAGGCUCUGGAACAGCUGCAGUCCCACAUCGAAGGCUGGGAGGGAACCAACCUGACAGAUAUCUGCACGGAGUUGCUCCUUCAUGGAAAUCUUCUCAAAAUCUCAGCAGGCAACAUCCAGGAGCGAGUCUUCUUUCUGUUUGACAACCUUUUGGUUUACUGCAAAAGGAAGUCCAGGGUAUCUGGAAAGAAGUCCACGAAGAGGACCAAGUCUAUCAACGGGCCUCUCUAUGUGUUCAGAGGUCGGAUCAACACAGAAGUGAUGGAGGUGGAAAAUGUGGAAGAUGGAACAGCUGACUAUCACAGCAACAACUACACGGUAACAAAUGGCUGGAAGAUUCAUAACACAGCGAAGAACAAGUGGUUUGUCUGCAUGGCCAAAAACGCAGAGGACAAGCAGAAGUGGCUGGAUGCCAUCUUGAGGGAACGGGAGCAGAGAGAGAGUCUGAAGUUGGGAAUGGAGAGAGAUGCCUAUGUGAUGAUAGCGGAGAAGGGCGAGAAGCUCUACCACAUGAUGAUGACAAAGAACAGGCACCUGAUAAAGGAUCGGCGCAAGAAGCUCAGCAUUGUGCCCAAGUGCUUCAUGGGAAAUGAGUUUGUGUCGUGGCUGAUAGAAAGCGGAGAGAUCAGCAACGCUGACGAGGGAGUGAACCUGGGACAAGCCUUACUGGAAAAUGGCAUCAUUCACCACGUGUCGGACAAACACCAGUUCAAGAACGAGCAGGUUUUAUACCGCUUCCGCUACGACGAUGGCACCUACAAGGCCCGCAGUGAGAUGGAAGACAUCAUGUCAAAGGGCGUCAGGCUUUACUGCCGCCUUCACAGCCUCCACACUCCCGUCAUCAAGGACAGAGACCACCACUUGAAAACCUUUAAAUCUGUUCUGCCUGCUUGCAAACUGGUGGACUGGUUAAUCUCACAGGGAGACUGCUCUAACAGGGAGGAUGCGGUGACCCUGGGCGUGGGGCUUUGCAACAGUGGCUACAUGCACCACGUUUUAGAGAAGAGCGAGUUUAAAGACGACUCCCAGUUCUUCCGCUUCUACGCCGACGAAGAAACUGAGGGAACUGGCACCAAGAGCAAGCAGCUCCAGCGAAACGACUUCAAGCUCAUAGAAAACGUCCUAGCCAAGUCCCUUGUGAUUCACCCCGAGGAGGAAGACUACGGCUUCGAAAUCGAGGAAAAAAACAAAGCAAUUGUGGUGAAAUCUGUCACCAGGGGCUCACAUGCGGAGAUGGCCGGCCUGCAGGUGGGCAGGAAGAUCUACACCAUCAACGAAGACCUGCUGUUCCUCAGGCCCUUCUCAGAGGUGGAGGCCAUGAUCAACCAGGCCUUCUGCAUACGACGCUCUCUGCGGCUGCUGGUCGCCACCAAAGCCAAGGAGAUCGUAAAGAUCCCCGACAACCCAGAGAGCCUCUCCUUCAGACUCUCUGGAUCUGAGCCGCCACACGUCCACGCGGUGAGAAAAGGCUGGGAGGCAGCUGCUGCAGGUCUCCAACCAGGCCAAGUUGUCCUGAAAGUCAACGGGAACAACGUGAACCGCAGUGAUCACCAGGAGGUCCUGGAGCACUUCAGCGCUCAGCACUCUCACCAGGAGCCCCCUCAAGCAUGUCUCUGGGUUUAUCGUGCUUUUGAGGAUGUGGAGGAGCUACAAAGACCAAGCAGUGCAGGUGAGAAGGAGGAGAGCCCCUUUAGGCCUUACCCCGUGGAGAACGGCUCAAGCCACGAGGAGGGUAGCACCGCUAAUGGAACAGACCACAGGCUCUGUAGACUUUCCCUCUCCAAUGAUCUGCCUCUGGUCAGCCUGACUGUUGAUAAUGUCCACCUGGAACAUGGAGUGGUUUACGAGUACGUGAGCACUGCAGGGGUAAAGAGCCACGUCUUGGAGAAGAUGGUGGAGCCCAAAGGCUGCUUCGCCCUGACUGCUAAGAUCCUGGAGGCGUUUUCUGGUGACGACAGCCUCUUUGUACGUAACUGCAGCCAGCUCAUCUCUCAGAGCGAUCGAGUUGUUACCAUGCCUCAGUACGAGUUCAGACAGAUCUGUGACACAAAGCUGGAGAGCAUCAGGCGGCGCAUCAGCAGCUAUCAGCAGUUCGCCAAGGAGCUGAGAAAUAAGGUGUGGCCCUCCUUCAGACAGGCUGGCGUUCGCCCUCACCCACUGGGCUGCAUGGACUUUGUUCCUACCAACUGCCACGUGAACCUGAUGCAGGUUUCCUACCCAAAAAGCACCACCUCCGCCGGCAGGACUUUCAGUAUCCGCUUUGGUCGCAAGAACUCCCUUUAUGGCAUGGACCCAGACCAAGCACAACUGAACCCUAUGUCACACACCCAGCAUUGCGUGACCAGCAUGGGCGCUCCUUCCUGGAGCUGCUCUGGGUUGGAAGGAGAUGAGGCAGAUGGCAGCAGGGAGGAGACCCUGGACGGAGGGGAGUGUGUGACGGACGGUCGGCAGGGGGUCCAUGGAGAAGGUGGGCUGAGUUUCCUGCUCAAACAGGAAGACACAGAGACGCAGGACGCCUACAUUUACCUCUACAGCCGCUUGGAUGUUGCAGUGAGGGAAAUGAAGCAGUAUGUCGCUCAGAUAGAUGUCCUCCUGUCAUCAAUCACUGAACCCACGCAGCUUGAAGGGGAGAGUGGAGAGCCUCCUGCUGACGAGUCUGGUCAGCCGCCAUCUCUGGCCCCCUGCGAAGACGGCUGUGAUCAGGACAAGGCGGAGCAAGGCGGCAUCAAAAAAGUUUGCUUUAAGGUGAACGAAGAAGACCAGGAGGACUCUGGGCACGAUACCAUGAGCUACAGGGACUCCUACAGUGAAUGCAACAGCAACAGGGACUCGGUUCUGUCCUACACCAGCGUUCGAAGUAACAGCUCUUAUCUGGGGAGUGACGAGAUGGGAUCAGGUGAUGAGCUGCCUUGUGAUAUGAGGAUUUCCUCCGACAAACAGGACAAGCUGCAUGGCUGCCUUGAGCACCUUUUCAACCAGGUUGAAUCAAUCAACUGCCUCCUCAAAGGAUCUGUUAUGACUAAGGCCUGUGAUGAGACCAAGCACUUUUAUUCUGACCACAGUCAGCCAGAGUUUCGUCAAACAGAUGACUGGACUGCCCGCAGUCGUUAUAUCAUCCACAAGAACAUCCAGGAGGACCCGUGGAACCUGCCCCACUCAAUCAAAAACCUGGUGGAGAGCCUGCAGCGAUUUGUAGACGAUGGGAAGAACCAGCUUCUUCUGGCUCUGCUCAAAUGUACAGACACGUCCUUGCAGCUCCGUCGGGAUGUGAUCUUCUGCCAGGCUGCGACUGGUGCCCUCUGUACGCUGGCUGAGCAGCUGCUGACCGCCCUGCGCUCACGGUUCAACAAUGCUGGAGAAUACCAGGAAGACAGCAAGGAGACCAGCCGCAAGUGGCUGGAGCAAAUAUCAGUCAUCGGUGUUUUGCUGCACUUCCAGUCCACACUUGCACCACACCUUAAAGCGGAGCGCACCAUGCUGGAAGACACCAAGGCAGCCCUGUUGGACUUGGACAAAGUCACUGUGUUCUUCAGGCCGCUGGAAGACGAGUGUCUGGUCGCAAACACCCCUGUGUGCUACCAGGUGGAGGGCAGCCGGCAGGCCCUGAGGGUCACCAUGUACCUGGACAGCUGUCACUUCAGUGAGCUGCCCAGUCGGCUACAAAACGGAGGCAGUCUGAAGCUACACACCGUCCUGUUCUCCAGAGCCCUGGAGCGUCCAGAGGGAACAUCCUCGCAGGACAACAUGGACAUGGAGGAGUUCCAGCAGCGCAUCAAUGCCGUAUCGCUGGAGAAGGUCAAGGCGUAUUACCGGAAACUCAGGGCUUUCUAUUUGGAGAAGUCUAACCUACCUACAGACUCCAACUCUACAGCGAUGAAAAUAGACCAGAUACUGGGCGUUGAAGUUAGAGACCUUCAGCCAAGCAUUUCCAAACUGCUGAGACCCCUCAACACACUGGAUGACCUCUGUCGACUAAUGCAGUCAUAUGUCAACGUGCGUCCGAGCGCCCAGGGCCACCCGUCAGGCGUCAGCGUGCUGUGUGUGUCCUCCGAACUGUGUAACCGCCUGGGAGCCUGCCACAUCACCAUGUGUGGAACGGGCCUGCAGAGAUGUUCCCUGAAUGUGACCCUGGAGCAGGCAAUGAUCCUGGCCAGGAACCAUGGCCUUCUGCCGCGAUGCAUCAUGCAGACCAUGGACAUAAUGAGGAAACAGGGGGCUAGAGUGGAACUUUCUGCUAAAAAUCUCAAAGUAAUGGACCAGAUGCCUCCUUCAGCUCCAAGGCUCUUCAAGUUGUGUUUGCCUCCCUCAGAUGGAGAUCUCUAGAAACGCUU